CGCCACUUUCUGCCGCAAGACUGUGAGGGGGGGAGACACCUUCCUAUCAAACUCUCCGCGUCACGGUUGCUGCGCGAGGAGCAGCCCCGGUUGGGGUCGCCUGAGGGACGCGGCCGGGCAAGCGCGAAGCUGGGGCCGCCGGAGCCGAAGAGGGAACGGCGUUUGCCGGGGCCGAGGCGGAAGCCGGAUCCUUUGGCGGAUCGGACCGCGGGAACCCGGAAACGCCUGGGCCUCACCGAAGCGGUCCGGGCGACAGAGCCGGCGGGAGCCGGCGGUGCUGCGGCUCAGCGGGCGCGGCGGAGCCGGCGGGCUCGGCAGCCUGGGUCUCCCGGCGUCGCGGAGCCCGGGGCUCCAGGGCGGGCAGCUGGCCGAGCCGCACGGCGGACAAAUGAAGAGAAAACAAUGUCUGCCAACCUAAAAUAUCUUUCCUUGGGAAUUUUGGUGUUUCAGACUACCAGUCUGGUUCUAACGAUGCGGUAUUCUAGGACUUUAAAAGAGGAGGGGCCUCGUUAUCUGUCUUCUACAGCAGUGGUUGUGGCUGAAUUUUUGAAGAUAAUGGCCUGCAUCUUUUUAGUCUACAAAGACAGUAAGUGUAGUGUGAGAACACUGAAUAGAGUACUGCAUGAUGAAAUUCUUAAUAAACCCAUGGAAACCCUGAAGCUUGCUAUCCCAUCAGGAAUAUAUACUCUUCAGAACAACUUACUCUAUGUGGCACUGUCAAACCUAGAUGCAGCCACUUACCAGGUUACAUAUCAGUUGAAAAUACUUACAACAGCAUUAUUUUCUGUGUCUAUGCUUGGUAAAAAAUUAGGUGUGUACCAGUGGCUCUCCCUAGUAAUUCUGAUGGCAGGAGUUGCUUUUGUUCAGUGGCCUUCAGAUUCUCAAGAGCUGAACUCUAAGGACCUUUCGACGGGCUCACAGUUUGUAGGCCUCAUGGCAGUUCUCACAGCCUGUUUUUCAAGUGGCUUUGCUGGAGUUUAUUUUGAGAAAAUCUUAAAAGAAACAAAGCAAUCAGUAUGGAUAAGAAACAUUCAACUUGGUUUCUUUGGAAGUAUAUUUGGAUUAAUGGGUGUCUACGUUUAUGAUGGAGAAUUGGUCUCAAAGAAUGGAUUUUUUCAGGGAUAUAAUCAACUGACAUGGAUAGUUGUUGUUCUGCAGGCACUUGGAGGCCUUGUAAUAGCUGCUGUCAUCAAAUAUGCAGAUAACAUUUUAAAAGGAUUUGCGACCUCCUUAUCUAUAAUAUUGUCAACAAUAAUAUCUUAUUUUUGGUUGCAAGAUUUUGUGCCAACCAGUGUCUUUUUCCUUGGAGCCAUCCUUGUAAUAGCAGCUACUUUCUUGUACGGUUACGACCCCAAACCUGCAGGAAAUCCCACUAAAGCAUAGUCAUGCCCUAUCUUUAACUGGAUUUUCACAAUGGUGCCCUAGGAACCUCAACAUUAAUCUUGCACAGAGGACUUCUGCAGAUUCUAUGAAGAAAUCAUCAUGCUAAAUCUGAUCAUUCUGUUCAAAUGGUUUGAAAAUAUGUAGCCUUCAGGAUGAAAUGUGUACAUCAUCUGCAACCCAAGCCUGGAAGUGUGUCCAGGAAGUAGGGCUAGAGGGGAUACUGGGAGGAGGUCUGAUGUCUGAGCUCGUAAUGACUUCAGCCUUUUAGUUGCUGCAGAACUGUCCAGUGCAGCCUUUGCAAGAGCACACACAUGCAAAUAAAGACCAAGGUUUGCAAGGUAGAUCUGCCUACACUUAUCCCAUAGUCUUAACCUUACUUACUCUUUCUGUACAGAUGUAUCAGGUUACAUGAUCUAUUUAAAUGGAAAUUUAUAAUUGCCUAUCAAACUGUGAACAAACAAAUAUAAUUUAAAACCA